GAAGGAGUUCAAAACGACAGCGUAUGCCAGAAAACGACGCCGUAGCAUCCUCCUCUGUGGAACGACCGGCAUAGCCAUGACUUCGGAGGGCGAGGGCCAAGCCGCCACCGUUCCUAAGAGGCGCCUGUCCUGCAAGACCUGCAUCGACAAUCUCUGGUUUUGUUACUCUCCAGUUCAUCAAAUGCAGCAGUAUUAUCGGCUCGGCGUUCUUGAUAACUGCGCUGAUAAAUGGAGUUCUCUUCUUGACUGUUUAAGUCUGAAAACAAAACGAUCUUCUGAGGUGCAGGAAAUUCUGGAAAAUCGUGAGAAAGACAAGCCUCACAUCUGGACUUUUAGGACUUCAGAAGAAUCCUCAUCUCACUGGAAGGAAGUGUUUGGCCAUUUAGACGACAUGGAGUGACCAAACCCCAAAUUUAUUUUAUUUUCUUUUUCUUUUUCCUUGGGCAGAGAAGGGACUGAUUCUGUAGCCAUCUCUUAAUUGGGCAACCCAUUAUUUUCGGCUUUAUUUUUCUACUCUAUUUCAUUCCAUUUUCAUUGUUCUGAUUUAUAACGUUUAAAUAUUAGUAUUUUUUUUUCCCUCAA